UGCACCUGCUCUCGCUCCUUGAAGAGAAGAAAGAAACGGCGCGCUGCGGUUUGCGGCGCAACGCGUGCUUUCCUAAAAUAUCCACCGAAAUGGAGAAGGCGUCGAUCGCGAACCCCGCUGCUCACCAAGCGUGGAGCGAGGAGGAUGACGAUCCUCCGGCUCUUAGCUCGCAUGCUCUGCAAGCGCUCAGGGAAUUCCUCAGCGAGCAGUCCUCCCUCAGCGAGGCGGGAGGAGGAGAAGGAGGCGGCGACUCGGAGGAGGUGAGGCUGGUGACUGAAGACUGGAGAUUGAGCCAGUUCUGGUACGACCGGGAGACGGCGGAGACGCUCGUUGAAGAGAUCAGGGCUCUGCAUCGGUCAACCUCGUCGCCCGUCGCCUGCAUCGCUUGCCCUACGAUUUAUGCUUAUCUAAAGAAAAUAGAUCCUAGCAUCCCAGCAAAAUUGCUUGAGUAUGAUGAACGAUUUGGACAAUAUGGUAGUGAUUUUGUAUUUUAUGAUUACAAUCAGCCAGAGGAGCUGCCUUCAUCAUUAAAACACAGCUGUCAAAUUAUUGUUGCUGAUCCACCUUAUCUGAGCAAGGAAUGCCUAGAGAAAGUAGCCCAAACAAUUUUCUUACUGGCCCGCCCAGAUGAUUCAUUUUUGCUGUUACUCACAGGGGCCAUUCAAAAGGAGAGAGCCGCAAAGCUACUGAAUGCACACCCUUGUGGUUUCAAGCCUCAGCACGCCAACAAACUCGGCAACGAAUUCCAGCUCUUCACAAAUUAUGAUCCGGCUGGAAGAUUGGGUGGUUGGGAGAAAAAUGAAUAAGCACGUUCUUAACUUUUUUGUUCUUGUUUCUGAAAUUAUAAAGUCCAUGAUUUGCUCUCUGGAGCUCAUUCCAGAUCCCUUAUGGUUAGUCUUUCUUUGCAUUCUGGAGCAUUUCUGCUAUAUACAUUGACCCUUUUUUUGCCACACGGAUUGAUAGUAUCUAUCCUUCA